GCUGCGGCCGCGCCGUGCCGUGCGGUGCUGCGGCUCCACCUCGUGGCCGACGGGCCGGGGCGGUCCGGGCACCGGCAGCGCGGGGAGGGCCCGGGGCGGACGGGGCUCAGCCCGGCUGCGGGCUGCCCGCGUGCGCUGGUUCUGGCACCGUGCGCGGAGCGGGAGCCUCGCGGGGUGGGCUCUGGAACGCGGUGAGGCGCGUGGGAGAACGUGGAGUGCUUUGCCCCUUGCCUGGAAACAGAGCCAGGCAAAGCGCUAGCUGAGCCGAAAGAAGAGCGAGCGAACACCAAAAAGGAAAUGUUUAACUGAAGUUCAUCCUCGGAAGCAUUGCAUUGCUUGUCAUUUCAAGCAGUUCCCCGUAUCAAGCAGGGCAUUUCCUCCACACGCCCCCCCGCACCUGCCAGCAGCCCCGGGUGUUCCCAGCAGGGCCCCUCCUCGUGCUCCCGGCCAGCGCCAGCCCCACGGCCAGCUGCCCGUACACGGGGCCGUGGGGCCAAGCCCAGGGCUGACUGGCUGUGCAUCUGCCCGGCAGGGCCACGGCUCUCAUCGCUCUUAUUGGCUGAAACAAAUGGCUUUGGAGCAGCACCUUUUAGCUACAUCAGCUGCUUCUCGAGUAAGGAAAACCAUGCCGGUCUGGAGAGCUUCGGGUUUCCCUGGAUGUGAAUGGCCGAGUGGUGCAGGCAGAUAACGCCUGGGAGCGCGCUGCAUCCUCGCCUGGGGUGCCUGGGCUGCUCCCCGCACUCUGCUGGGCGUUAUCUCCCCUGGCAGCCCCCAAGCCAAGCCCAGUGCCUGGUCACGGAUAAGGAGCUCCCCCCAGGUGAUGGGACCCUUUGCCCUGUGCCUCACUCCGUGCGUAGCGCAGCGUGCCGGCAGCUGGACUGGGCUGGGAGCGCUCAGGUAAGUGACCUGAAACGCUUGAAAAUGUGCUCGGAGGGGCAGUUCUGGGGAUCUACUUCCCUGUGUCCUGAUCCCGGGACCGCUUCUGAUCUCUGAAGGUUUGCUCGUGAAGGCUCCUGCUGCUGCUGCAUGGGUGAGCUAUUGCCCUGCUGAGCAUUGGUCUCUUCCUUCUAUUGUGAUAUAUGAACAGAAGGGUCCUGAGAGCUGAGGGACGGUGUUGUGCCACAGCUCAUGAACUGUGCACACGCAUUUUGUUGUUCUUCAUAACCAACUUUUGGAACCCUUUUUCCAGGACGAUGAACCAGCAUUUCCUUUUCCUUUUCUUCCUCUUCUUCCAUCCCCAUCAAUGCCAAAGUCAAACCCUGGGUGCAGAUCCAUAUGAAAUGCCCAAGGAUUACCAGGAGGUCUACAGAGGGUCCAAAAAUGAUGUCAAGGAGAUCCCAAAGAUUGCAAAGUCCUUCAUUUCUGAGAUGAUCUUUGUGCAAACCAGCAUCACUGCCGUAAGGAAAGGCGCCUUCAGGUACAUGCCCAACCUGACCAAGAUUUUAUUCAUUGGCAACAAUAUCAAGACAGUUGAACCUGGGGCCUUUGAUGGCUUGAAGAAACUGAGGGAUUUGGAGAUCUCCGGUGCCUCCUUAGAAGAACUAGCUGUGGGCACUUUCCAGAACCUUCCAAGCUUGCAGAGGCUGGAGCUGAGAGACAGCCACAUCAGAGACAUCCCCAAAGGCCUGUUUGAAGGGCUGGAGAAUCUGGGAGAGCUGUCCCUGCACAUCAAUGCGAUCCCUUCUCUUCCAGAAGGUAUUUUUGAUUCUCUUGCCAAUCUAACGUUUUUGGAUCUGGCUAGAAAUAGGAUCACAGUUCUGCCUGGAGAUGUCUUCAGCAAACUGUCCCAGCUGCAAGUCCUCCGGCUGUAUGAGAACGAGCUGCAGGACCUGCCAGAGGGGCUGCUGGAUGCUCAGCAGGAGCUGCUGGAGCUCAGCCUGCAGAGGAACGGGCUCAGGGUGCUGCCACCCACGCUCCUGAGGAACCUGACCUGCCUGGAAAAACUCCUCCUGGACAACAACCUCAUCAGGGUCCUCCCGCCCCAGAGCUUCUUUGGUUUAAACAGAUUGAAGCUGCUGACUCUAGGAUCAAACCGCAUCACACAGCUCCCCUGUUGCCUUUUUGACACCAUGCCACACCUCUGGGAGCUGGACCUGGGCAGGAACAGUUUAGCCACACUUCCGGAUGGCAUCUUUGUCAACCUCACGUCUCUUGGCAAACUCAUCUUGUCCCACAACCAGCUAGCAGCCCUGACAAGGGGGGUCUUCGCUGGGCUCAACAAGCUCUCAGACCUCCAGCUGGACGCAAACCAGCUCUCUGCUCUGGAUGAUGAGGUCUUUGCUCCUCUCCCAAAUCUGAAAACCCUCAAUCUCCGAGCAAACCAGCUAGAGAGUAUCCCCCGAGGACUCUUGGACCCCUUGAAGAGGCUCAACUCUCUGUACCUGAGUGGGAACCCAUGGAGAUGUGACUGUAAUCUCUGUUACCUGCACGGCUGGAUCCAGGGCAACAGUGAGAAAGUUAAACUGUCCUCCCAAGUGUCCUGUAAGACUCCACCUCACCUGGCAGGGCAAGCAGUGAUGUCACUGAGGGAAAACCAGUUAAUUUGCCCAGCUACUCUGCCUCCUUCAGUUUCUUUCACCCCAUCUCUACUAUUCACCUCCACAUCAUCACGAGGGAUACCACCCUUGCUGCCACCUGAAGACGUGCCCACUGCAGCACAGACUACACUGUCAUCAGUGGCCUUUCCCAUUAUGGCACUGCCUACCAUGCCAUUGCCUAUGGCCACUUCCUUCAUGCUGCCAGCCAUGCCAACAGAGAGCUUCAUCGCUGCUCCUUCACCAACCGUGCUGUCUAAAGAUUCCAUCACCAUAUCACCAUCAACCAUACUGCUCAAGAUUUCUACCACUGCUCCAUCACUGCACAAGGCCUCCAUCACCACCCCAUCACCUUCUGUGCUGCCUGAGAUCUCUAUUGCCACCCCAUCACCAACAGUGCUGUCCAAGGUCUCCACUACCACUCCAUCACCAGCUGUGCUGCCUAAGACUUCCAUUACUGCCCCAUCACCAUCUGUGCUGCCCAAGAUAUCCAUUACCAUCUCAUCACCAACUGGGCUGCCCAAGACCUCCAUUAUUUCCUCAUCACCAUCCACGCUACUCAAGAUGUCCAUCAUCACCCCAUCACCAGCAAUGCUGCCCAAGAUCUCCGUCACCAACCCAGAGCGUGCACCAUCCUCUCUAGCUCCCACCACCUCACCCAUUCCAACCACCAUGUGGGCAGCGACCACCCAACAAGUGCCUCCUGCUCUUCCAGCAUUCACAGAGAGACCAGCAUCCCAUGUUCCUCCACUGCGAGGCCACACGAGCCCCCAGCCAGCCUUCCCAUCCAUGGCUCCAGGUGGGCAUCACCACAGACGCUUCUCCCUAUGGGCCAACCCACGGCACUGCCACAUCUCCCUUGCCCUCGGGCUGGCUGUGCUGGUGCUGCAGGUGGGUGCCGUGCUGCUGGGGGUGAAGCUCACCCUUCUCCUCCACCGUGCUGCCCGUGGCCACGACCACCCAGUGCCACCAGUGAGACUGCUGAGCGUCCACGUGCUGGAUGCCGCACACCCAGGCCGGGCUGCAGAGCCGCAUCGCAGCGGUGCAGUCCCCCAGCGGCGGGCAUCGCAGGGUCCAGGAGCUUUUGGAGUCCCUCCCAGGCGGCGCCUGGAGAUGCUGUGAGCCUGGGGAGUCUGAGCGCGGUGUCACGGCCCGAUAAGACCUUCUGCCAAGCGACACUAGGUGGCAUCCCGACACAGGCAGUGGCUGCCACCACUCGCCCAUGGCCGUCCGGGAUCACCAGGGCCAGAAGGCAUCGCACUGAGUUGCUGCAGACCCCGCUUCAGGACCAGCUGGGGACCUCCAUGGGUCUGCCACGGGGUGCUCACUUCGGGGCACGGGCUGGAGGCCGGUGGGGAUCCUGCUGAAUCUCCCCAUUGCUGGCAGGUGCCUGUGUAGUGCAAGGCAUCCCAACUGCUUCCCUGCCCAGUGCUAUACCUACACGACGCUCUGACCUCUUCCCUGCACUCUCAGCUUCAUCCUCGCAGAUUUUAAAGCCUUCCCAGCAGCUCUACUGCGCACAACCAAAGCAAUGUUUUCAUCCCAGGGCUGUCCUCACUGCCACUUCAGUGGAGACUUUCCAUCACCCACUGCAGCAUGGGAUAACCAGCUUAGUGCCAGUGAUCAGAGCAUGGGGCAGCAGCAGGACGGCGCAUUGUCCUGCAGGUAGCAGCAUGGUGAGAAAACAGAGAUGCAAUUGUAAAUCUUGUGUUGCAGACCCCGGGGCAGCUUCUUGCUGACGCUGAGCCGGAGCAAAGCAGGGGAUGGUGCUUUGCAUUAGGGCACAUACCUGUGGCUGUGCACUAGGGACUUGGAUAUCCGCUCUGCUGAGCCUGUGCAGUGUUACUGCUGCUCAGCUGCUCCUUGAAGUCCCGACGACGGCUGUGAAAUACAGGAGGCAAAUGCGGGGCAGCACAUCUGUGUGGGACAGAGCGUGCAGCCCCGGAGCCUGGCACUGUGCUAAUGAGACGCAGAUGAGGGAAGGGAGCGUGUUUCCUGGCAGCCCAUACGGGCUCCUCUCUGUGCUUGAUUUAGAGGGUUUGAAAGAAGGGCCGGCUUCAGGGGAUGGCAGAGGGGCUCCUUGGGUUUGGUGAUAUUUAAUGGCCUGGUGCAGCCUAAACAUGGAAGUGCUCGGGGGCGAGAUUAGCACAACAUAAUCACAUCUUAAAAGGUCUUCGGAGACACAAGGUAUGUCUGCUCCCCUAUUAAUUAUUGUUAUCCACAAAGACGGGGUCAGGAUGGAGGUGUUUGCCCACCAGUCCGUGGGUCUGACAGCAGCACCCCUACAGCCGCCCUCCUGUGCCCUGUAACAUCCCAGCAGGGCCGAGCCUUCCCAGGCACCCAGCACACCCCCGACGGCCAGGCACCAGGAGCUGCGUGCUCAUUUGGGCAGGGUGAGCUCAGCACGUCCUCCUGGGGUUCUCCCAGAGGGACGGAAGCUGCCUGUUUGUUUAAGGUGCAAAGGAGCGAUGUUAAUCUGCGGCCUGUUUGUAUUUCUUCAGAGUGCCCGUGUGUGAGGGGAGCAGGGAUGGGGUCUCCCCUUUGUGUGGGGGCACAGCCGCGCUGUUUGAAGUGGAGGUGAGAAAACACGGCGGGGCAGAUGGAACCUGCUUUGGGAGUGAAAGAUUUUUUUCGGCUAUUUAUGAUAAUUAGUGGGAAACGCUCCUCAAGCACUUCAGAUGAUUCUGUAAUGAAGUUGGGCCCAAUGUUCCCGCUUUGUUCCCGCGGAACCAUUAAAAAUCCCCCUUCUUUGGCUGCCUUAAUGCAACGCUGAAAAGGCACAAUGGCAUAAAAGUGGCCCUGGGCAGGGUGGAACGCCUCCUUCCCCCGUGGGGGAGAGCCCUUUGGAGCCCGGAUUUUCUGGGCUGUAAACCCCAGUGCUCACAGCUCUGCUCCAGUGCGACCGGAGUGAAGCUGCCGUGCUCCGACAGAGCCCCAGGAGCAGUGACAGCAUCAGCUCCGUGAGCUCCCAAGGAGAGGUUAAGGGCCGGAGCAUUGCUCCCCACGCUGCCUGCCCCGGCCCUAAUCAAGUCCUCGCCCUGGCCCGUGUCUGAGGCUGCUUUCAAUGUGGGGGAAUUUGCAGACAAAUUUCUGCCAGCAGGACGCUGGGGCUCUGCUGCGUGGCGGGAUAAAGAUCGCUGCUGCCCCAUGCAGCCCCGCAGAGCUGGGGCUGUCAUUUGGGGCAGUGUGGGAACGGGGCAGGAGGCUCUCGGAGCUGGAGCUAUUCUUUUCCCCAAGAUAAUGUACAGCGACACAAUGAGCCCAUCUGUGAAUGGCCGGGACCAUUACCUCUACGCUCCUUAGCGCGGGCCCUGAAGUGCCACUUGGACUGUGAUGCCCUCCUGGCAAUAUUUUGGGGCAAAUAUCUCCAGAAACACAGCAAGCUUCCUUUGGGAACCAGGGUGAUGGCACCUCCCAGCUCACUUUACAGGCAAUGGUGUCACCACAGGGACCCACCAUACCCAGCAGUCCCAACACACCAUUCCCUCCUUUAUUUUAUUCCGGCGUUAUUUCCUCCCCUAUGCCGGGCAGUGGCCUUCCACCAAACCUUUCCCCAGCAUCUGGGCACAGGAGCCCAGGUAUGGCCGUGCGUCCGACCCUUCCCAUUGCAGGCGCACAAAGCGGCGCUGACCCCGCGGUGCCACCGCUACCUGCUGCUCACCACAAUGGCCCCGCGGCAGUGAGAAAGGGCUGGGAGCAUAAUGAGGCUGCGAGCACUGCUCUCUUCAGAGAGCCGAGUCAACUCCUCGGGAAGAAAGGAAGGGGGAAAAAAAAAGGGGUGUGUGGGGGGGGAAGACACCCCCCCGCCCCCCCUUGGAUAAUAAAGAAGUAACAAAUGAAGAAUGAAAGCCUAUAGAAGGCGUCUUAACCCAGCGAAGAAAAAAAAUGUCAACAUCUGUGGAGCUGUCUGCAAAAACAGACCCAAGCCCUAAUGAAUACCCUCUAGAAAAGGCAUUCACUCGAGGAAAGGCAAAAGGCUACAUUUUUCUAUGGAGGUAUAAAGAUUUUGAUGAAUCUGCCCUUUCCCUUUCCAGUGCAGUUGAACCAAGCGCUAAUGUUCAUCUUCAGCUGUAUUAAAGGAUCCGGAGGGGGCGGAGGGAGGAAGAGUCCUGAUCUGAAAGCUCACGAGGAGGGUGGAUUUAGGGAGCCCACAUGGAUGUCGGAGCACUGUGGCAGGGAAGAAAAGCAACAGGCAUUAGAGAAAAUACUGUUUAACAAGAGUUUCUUUAGUCAGCCCAUUUGGGCAGAGAUUGGUGCGCCAUAAACCUAAUCCUCUUAGUGCUGACUUCAACGUGUUUGUACAAAACAGGGAAAUAUAAUAUGAAUGUAAUAGUCACGUUUCCUAAAAUGCUUAAUAAAAAGACAAAAGUUCUUUA